CGGUCUGUGGUUGGGCUGUGGUCGGGACGGCAAGAUGGCGGCGGCGGGGCCGACCCCGUUGCGUGUGGGCUUCGUGGGCGCGGGCCGCAUGGCGGAGGCAAUCGCGCAGGGCCUCAUCCGAGCAGGAAAAGUGGAAGCUCAGCACGUGCUGGCCAGUGCACCAACAGACAGGGGCCUCUGCCACUUCCGGGCUCUGGGUUGCCAGACCACCCAUUCCAACCAGGAAGUGCUGCAGAGCUGCUCACUCAUCAUCUUUGCCACCAAGCCCCAUGUCUUGCCAGCUGUCCUGGCAGAGGUGGCCCCUGUGGUCACUGCUAAGCACAUCUUGGUGUCUUUGGCUGCUGGGGUCUCUCUGAGUGUCCUGGAAGAGCUGCUCCCCACCAACGCACAGGUGCUGCGGGUCUCACCCAGCCUGCCUUGCGUGGUCCAGGAGGGGGCCAUAGUGAUGGCUCGGGGCCGCCAUGCCGGGAACAGCGAGACCAAGCUCCUGCAGAACCUGCUGGAGGCCUGUGGGCAGUGUGAGGAGGUGCCUGAGGCCUACAUAGAUAUCCACACUGGCCUCAGUGGCAGCGGAGUGGCCUUCGUGUGCACGUUCUCUGAGGCCCUGGCCGAAGGCGCCAUCAAGAUGGGCAUGCCCAGUGGCCUGGCCCACCGCAUUGCUGCCCAGACCCUGCUGGGGACAGGCAAGAUGCUGCUGCAACAGGGGCAGCACCCUGCCCAGCUGCGGACAGAUGUAUGCACACCGGGUGGCACCACCAUCUAUGGUCUUCACGCCCUGGAGCAGGGCGGGCUUCGAGCGGCCACCAUGAGUGCUGUGGAGGCCGCCACCUGCCGGGCCAAGGAGCUCGGCAGAAAGUAGGCCCAGGCUCUGGAUGAAGGCUGCCCGCCUCCUUGCCCACCUGUGCUGCCCCCAGUACCCCCAUCCCUUCGCCCGAGGACGUGGUCCUCUCUUCCUCCUGUGUGUUUCAUGCUGCCCCUCACCCCAGAGGGAAAUAUAAGGCAAUGGGACUUGAGAGGUUUGGGCUGGCUGGCCUCCUACCAGCACAGUAGCCUUCCCUUCCCCAUGGGCAGAAGGCACCUGCCCUAGUGAGCCACCAUGAUGGCAGCAUUGGUUCUGAGGGUCCCUAGAGAUGGCCUCUUGGUCAAGUGCCCACAUGGCCAGGCAGUUGGUUAAGGCCAUGAGUGGAGCUGCUGGUUAAAGAAGAGCCAGCCCAGAUACCUGGUCUGGAGCCCUGGCCCUUGGAUUUCCCGAUGGCUCAGCAGCUGCAGCCAAGCGAACUCCCUCGUCUCAGCUCUGGGGAGCACAGGACAUAUGGAGUAUGUACAAGGGACUCCCUCCCCCUCAGGGAAGCCAGAGGCCUUGGCCUGGUGCUAGACAGGGCCACCUGUGGGGAGCUAGAGCCCCACCUUGCCAGCCCCUGAGAAGAGAGGGGUUGUGUGCUUUUCUCUCACCAAGGAGGAAGAGGAGCCUCAUCCCUGGUGCCCCCACAGCAGAGCUGCGUGGGGCUGGGCCUGCAGCAGUACAGGGGUGGCACCGGCUGGGCAAUAGGUAGGAGGGUGCUUGAGGUCUGGGAGGGUGGGCUCUGGCCAGCCAGAACGUAGACCACUUGUUUACCUGAGCCGAGGCUCCCUCUCUCUCCCAGACCCUACACUCCUGGCAAGUGGCCUGGUGGGGCUGGGCCUAACGACGCUCCACUGGCUCAGGAGUCCAGGAGGUUCCUGUGGCCUGGCCCGACCAUGCUGCCCUCAGACUGUAGGAGUUGGCUCCUUAGCCUGUCCCUUAAGGGGCCAGCAGAUCAGGAAAGCCAGGACCCGGGGAGAAGCAAGGCUAUGAGACUGGCAGCCUGGGUUCUGGGGCUUUUGGGUGGGGAGGGCCCAGCAACCCAUCUCCGCUCUAUCCCCACCCUCAAGACACACCUGGGCCUCAUGAGACUGGGCCUUGAGGUUAGGAGGACGCUGUGCCAUCUACCAGCUGGGUGACUUCGGACACAUUAAUCCCCAUCUGUGAAACUGGGCUGACAGAACCUAUGCAACAGGAACAGCAUUUCUAUCCCUCACACCCAGCUGCCUCUGUAGCCCUCUUCCCACCCCACUUACUCCUCCACAGAUGUGCAGCUAUUGCCAUCCCCCCAGCCUAGCAAGGGUCAGCCCCCAUCUCUGAGCCUCCAGUCCCAGGAGACUCUGGCUCUCAGCCAGCAACUGCUUCAUCUGAGUCUGGCUCUGCCACUUGUCAGAAGAGUCAUCCUGAGUCAGCCUCACACCUGACUCCCUCAUCUGUGCAAUGGGAAUAAAUGCACUGUCUUGGA